UCAGAGACCUGAUUUCUCAUAUUCGUCUUUGGAGAUAGUCCAUAUUGGAGGCUCGCUUUGGACUUUCUCGAAGGUAUCGGCUCGCCUGGAGCUUGCUCGGAGCAGGAAGCCUCUGCAUCGCCAUCAAACGCGCAAUGGAGUCAAACGAGAAUUCGAGUACUUACACCUCACACCUCCGGCCUCCGAGCAAGAUUCCCUCCACAGACAAGGGUCUCUUCGAGAUCUCCAACAAUGCUCGGACAGCAAUACCUCCACCGGGAACAAUGUCUCUCAAACAUCGCCCGGCCUCAGCUUUACCUGAGCCGACUCCCAAGCGCAAAACAUUGGCCCAAAGGGCCGGCGAAACAAAGUCGGGCCUCCCGGCUCCUCCAAGUUCACGCCCUGUUGGAUCUGCAGUUCGAGCAGCCACGCUGGCUGGCGCCCGCAAUAUGUCCAUGACCUCGUCCCGUGUGCCAGCCGCUGCAUCUCGCGGAGCAUCUGCAAGCUCAUUUUCUAAAAGCAUGGGCCCAGGCAGUCGGCCCGCAUCUGUGGCGGGUAGCUCACGGCCUCAGACAUCAAUGAGACACGCGCGGGGCGUGCCAUCAACCUCAGUACCGACCGCACGUCCAGCUACGUCAUUAGAAAGUCGCUCCUCGGAGGACGAAGCAGCGGUCUCAGGGAAGCGGAAGGCUUGGGACACCAAUGGCCGCCUCGAAGACAUGGAACAAUUGUACCAUCAGCUCAAAGACCAGAUGACAGGAUCGUCCAAGGAAAGGAACGUCUUGGAAGAGACCGUGUCAAUCUAUAAGACUAGAGUCACCGAAUUGGAAGCUAUCAAAACCCAGCUAUCGACCCAUAAUAUGUCAUUACAGACUGAUUUAGAGACUACAAAAAUCAAGCUAUCAUCCACCACAAAUACUCUCGACGAAGAGCGUAGGAGCAAUGGAGCAAAAUUAGACGAUUUGCAACGUCAACACCGAAACGACAUGGAGGACGCGCGACGACACGCCCAAUUCGAAACAGAAAGACUAAUCAGAGCCCACCAAGAGGAAAUCGUCCAGUUGGAACGACGACUACAAAGCAACUUUGAAGAUGAACGUCGAAAGCAUUUGCGUGAGCUCGAAGAGGCCAUUUUUAAGGGCGGGCAGGACAAACGCCAAACCGAGGAACAAUUGGAAGCAAAGGAUAAUGAACUUCAAGGGCUAGAGACGGAACUCAAGCAAACUACCCGCGAUUUGGAGAGGGAAAAGUUAUUGACGGAGAAACUCCGAAAUAAUCUCGCAGAAACAUCUGCCAGCUCUCUCGGGCUUGAAUCAUCAAUGCGGUCUUUACGUGCGAAAAUUGAAUUUCUCGAAUCCGACAGCAAGGCCCAGUCACAAUGCUAUGCUGAUCUUGAGCAGAGGCUCCAAGAUGCGCUCGCGGCAGCCACAGAAGCCAAAGAAAAGCUGCGCAAGGAGGAGACUCUAAGACGAAAGCUGCAUAACCAGGUGCAGGAGCUGAAGGGAAAUAUUCGUGUCUUUUGCAGAGUGCGACCGCCAAUCUCAUCUGAGCCUGAAAACACCGUUGCACGAUUAAACUUCCCUGACGGCGAUGGAGAAUCGCGCGAACUGGAAGUAAAUGGUCCUGAAGAGAAGAACAGCCUGGGAAACGUCACCGUAAAGAAGAAUGCAUUUGCAUUUGAUCGCGUUUUUGCGCCUGGCUGCCAAAACGCCGACGUGUUUGAGGAAAUCAGUCAACUGGUGCAGAGCGCCCUUGACGGAUAUAAUGUUUGCAUUUUCUGUUAUGGCCAGACGGGAUCAGGAAAGACCCAUACCAUGUCCUCUGAUGACGGUAUGAUUCCUCGUGCUGUCCAUCAGAUUUACGACACGGCCAAGUCGCUGGAAGAGAAGGGAUGGAGGUACACAAUGGAAGGUUCUUUUGUGGAGGUUUACAACGAGACCAUCAACGACCUUCUCGGAAAACCAGAGGAAUUUGACAAGAAGAAGCACGAGAUCAGACAUGAUCUCCAGAGGUGCAAGACUAUCAUCACUGAUGUCAAUACCGUCACCAUGGACUCCCCGAACAAGGUGGAGUCCAUACUGCAACGCGCGACAGCCAACCGAUCCGUUGCCGCCACCAAAGCCAACAACCGCUCCUCGCGAUCGCACUCCGUCUUCAUUCUGAAGCUCAUUGGAGAAAACUCGGUUACAGGGGAGAAGUCGGAGGGCACGCUCAAUCUUGUCGACCUUGCCGGCAGUGAGCGUCUCAGUCAUUCUGGCGCCACGGGCGAGCGCCUUCGAGAAACCCAGAAUAUCAACCGAAGCUUGAGCUGUCUGGGAGAUGUCAUUGGUGCAUUGGGACAGGGCAAAGAGGGCGGCCAUGUUCCGUAUCGAAACAGCAAGUUGACCUACCUUCUCCAAUUCUCACUUGGAGGGAACUCAAAGACAUUGAUGUUUGUCAUGAUCAGCCCGCUUCAAGCACACUUGAGCGAGACCUUGACGAGCUUGAAAUUUGCCACAAAGGUGCACAAUACCCACAUCGGCACGGCAAAACGGCAAGCCAAAGUCAAAGAUUAAUGCCCCAUUACGAUAAGAUCCCUGCUCUCUCCGUCUCUCUCUUUCUUUUACAAACGGCGUUUUGAAAUGCGCAAUUCCCUCAAAGUAACUUCUUUUUGCCAAAGUUAUCAAGUCGGUCCUUUUCAAAUUUUCAGGUCGCCUUUUCAUCUUGGGUUGAACCACAGGAUCGC